CGCCAUCUUUGUUUAGUUUUUUGACAGGCAUGAGUGAAAAUUGGGAAGAGCUAUGUACGAAGCUACGAGAGUCAUUUCGUGUUAUUUUAAGUUGAAUGUUAAUGUGAAGUUUACGUUCCGACACUAAACUCAAUGUCCUGUGCAAAAACUAGAAAUAAGUACUACGGGUUUUAAUUAUAACAUGACUUCUAGUUGAAAUCUAUACCAUCGGAACAUGCAGCCGUGGAUGACCUAAAGAUGGACAAAAUAAACAGUAUCAGUGGAACUGACGAUACGUUUACUAAUAUUCAGAGCGAUAUGGUACCAGAAAAUCCCAAUGAACAAGAAAAUAAGGAACAGCGAAAUACUGAUGCCGAUAGUAAAGAUGAUGGUAAUCAUGAGAGCACUGGGAAACAACCAUCCCCUGUAGAAUUGGUCAGUGAGUUGCAACAGAAUGAUACACUUUCGGAAGUUUCCGAUGAAGACAGUGAUAAUCUCGAACCAACCAACAAUAGUGAAGUGAAAAAUGGAGGAGAUGAUGCCACGGAUAAUGCACAAGACACCAAUCAUGAUGACGAACUGUACGAGAAGCUCAGCUCCAGCAGCCCAGAGCCAGGAGAGAUACCCGGUGAAGAUGAACCUACCGCUGACUGUCUUAUAGAGCAAGAAAGUAAAAACAAUCGGAAGUAUGGUAACGGUACGGAUCAAAAUGGAGACACGGCUUCAGAUAUGGAAUUGGAAAUUAAAGUGGAAAAUGAGCACAAGUUUAUGAAAAGGGAAUCGCAUAGUUCUGAGUUGGACAGUAAUGAUUCAUGUCGCGGUAAAUCUAUAAGGGAAGGGAAAAGUCCAGUGAGCUUGUCGAGUGUAUCUGUAAAACAGGAAUUCAACUAUUCAGAUGAGAAUGUGGUUUCGGAUCGGUCUGAACCAAAGCUAUCCGAUUCGGAAUGUUUGAAGCCUAAGAAAUUGGCAAGCAUUUUCGAAAAAAAAGUCAAAAAGGAAGACAUAAAUACGGAUGAUAUUCUGCGGGAAAAAUUGAAGCAAUAUUUUGGACAUAAUUGUUUCAAGAGCGCCCUGCAAAAAGAGGCCAUACAGACCAUUAUAACGAGAUCUAGGGAUGUUUAUGUUUCAAUGCCAACCGGUUCGGGGAAGUCGCUAUGCUUUCAACUCCCGGGUGUUAUGCAGGACAACAAAGUAACGAUCGUCUUCUCGCCACUGUUGGCAUUAAUCAAGGAUCAGCUGGAUGUUUUGAACAAACUGAAAAUUCCCGCUGAUUCGAUCAAUUCCAAAAUGGGCAGCAAGGAUCGCGAGCGUGUCGUGAAUGAUCUGAAAAGCAUCCGUACCGAUAUACGUUUUUUGUAUAUAACACCGGAACAAGCAAAUACCGCCACAUUUAAGGAGAUCAUGAAAAUGCUAAUCAAACACAAAAAGGUUGGAUACAUCGUUGUGGAUGAGGCACAUUGCGUCAGUGAGUGGGGCCACGACUUUCGACCAGACUACCUUAAACUAGGGUACCUUCGUUCGGAAUACCCUUCGAUUCCUUGGAUUGCCUUGACAGCGACCGCUUCCAAGAAAGUGGUGGAAGACAUUUUUAAGAAUCUUAGAUUGAAGGAACCAGUGGCUAAGUUUAAAACUUCCUGCUUUCGGAAGAAUCUUUAUUACGAUGUAGUGUUUAAAAAUUCUAUCCAGGAUGAUUUCAUUCAUCUACGAGAUUAUAUUGAAAGUAUUUUAGAUAAAGACGACGUUGACAUGAAACCGAGUAAGAAAUCAUGCGGUAUCAUAUAUUGCCGAACACGUGAAUCGACGGAAAGAGUGGCCAAUAGCUUAACGAAAUUAGGAUGCAAAACUGCCGCCUAUCAUGCGGGACUGAAACAGUCUGAGCGAAUUGCUGUCCAGGAGGACUGGAUGGCAGGAAAGUAUGCCGUAAUAUCUGCUACGAUCAGCUUCGGAAUGGGAGUUGAUAAGGGAUCCGUACGCUUUGUUAUUCAUUGGGAUAUUCCACAAAAUGUGGCUUCAUACUACCAGGAAUCGGGUCGAGCCGGACGUGACGGAAAAAAGUCUUAUUGUCGUGUCUAUCAUUGCCGUGAUCAAUGCAAGUCCAUUGAUUUUUUAAUUCGCCAAGAUUUGCAGAAGAGUAAGAAUACACCCAAAGAAGAAAAAGCCAAAUUGGCGCUAAAGAAUUUCGAAAAAAUUAUUGAUUACUGUGAGUCGGCUCGCUGUCGGCAUAGAUUGUUUUCGGAUUUUUUUGGCGAUGAUCCCCCUGAUUGCAAAAAUAUGUGUGAUGUUUGCAGUAACCCGAAAAAAGUCGAGAAGGCGAUUGAAACGUUUCAAAAAUUGUCGGUGGCUGGUAAAUUAAAAACAAAAAUUGAAUAUGACGAUAAUUUUGCGGAUUUGUACGAAGGCGGUCGAAAGGGACUCGAGGACAAUGAAUACGCCGAUGGAGAUGGAGAAGGCAGUGAUGGUUCAAGAGAAAAACAAGCUAAGCGGGAAACGGAAUCGCUUAUCCAGAAACAAUUCGCCUUGAGAAGGGCCGCCGCAGCGAAGGAUCUAGAUAUGCACAAAACGGCGUCAAUUAGUCGAGUUAAGUAUGCUCUACAAACCUCGGUCAAAGUAAACGGGUUGACAAUUUCAUCGCGAGAAAGUAAUCUCACAAUGCUCGCAGAUUUACUCAAGAGAAACGUGGAAGCAUGUAAAGAAUCCGAUCCACCGGAGAAUGAGCUAGUGUAUAAGGACUUCGAAGAUAUCGCAAUGGAGAUGGAGUACGAAGCAUUUACUACAAACACGGUGGCCAGCUUGUAUAGGAGGUCCAUAGUUAAGCAUGUUUCCGCACUAAAGUCAGUCACUUCGUCCGGUAUGUUGUAUCCCGAUAUGAAACAAUACACACCAAAACCACGUAACGCUCAUGGCGGCGAGUUCAAAACAAUUGAGCAGGAGUUGAAGCGCAAAUACGGCAACGAAAUCGUCGAUGAACUGCGCGAGGAUGAAGAGCGACGUAAACCCACAACAGGUAGUAACACCAAUGGUGAUCGUCGACGUGGCAAUGGAAGAUUUAACAAUUCAAGCCGCGAUGGGAUGAAUCAAACGUCGAUAAACUCAUUCUUUGGAAAAUCGGGAGGUGCACGCGAGAAUAGCCAGCCUGCCGGACUGGCGGCAACCUUGGACGAUGGAGACUUGUGGGAUGAUGACGGGGGAGCGGGGCCAAGCUGCAGCGCUCAAAUAAACGUGGAAGAAAAAGCGGUGACGAUAGAAGAACGAAGAUCGCCUUCCGUGGAAAUUGUAUCAAGUGAUUCAUAUUCUCAUCGAUCGAAAGAUUCGAAAGAAGAUAGAGACCGACAGAAGCGAAAAUGCAAAAAAAGAAAAUCCAGUACGAGAUCAAGAGACCGCUCCGGUGAACGUUCACGAACCUCGGGAGAUCGAUCACGAGAGACAUCAAGAUCGAAAUCUCACAGUAAAUCGAGACAUAAACCAAGGGAAAGGUCUAGAUCUCGUGAACGCUACUCUAACCGGUACGAACGAUCUUCUUCCAAAGAGUUAGAAGUGGAUCGACGAAUAGGACAUAAAAAACAUAGAGGAAGACAUGAUGAUGACUAUAGCCGACGAUCGACAAAAAAAUAUGCCAGUGAUUUGCAUGAUAAAACGGUGUCCAAACGUCCUCCGUCACCUGACGAAGACUAUGGUCACAGUAGAACAAAACAGCGUAAGUCCCAUUAUGAUCGGAAUCCCAGUACCACAGCUGAUUAUAAACCAUUUCAUGGUAGCGGGAAAAAGUUCAACGACCGUGAACGUGACUAUUCUACGAGUGCUGGCGGUACUCUUCUUUCCACUGAUGAUAUGUGGGAUGAUGAUACGGCCGUAUCGAAGAAAACUGAAAUACUUGAUGAUAUACUGUCUGAAAAUGUACCCCCUCCACCACCACCCCCAUCUGCGACUAGGACGCCUCCGCCUCCACCUCCUUCAGUCGGAGAACUCAGUUACUCAUCCGGAUUUUCAAUCUACAACCAACAAACUGUUAAUUCAGACUAUCAACCAAAAGCUCCACCUCCACCUGUGAUUACAUCGCCAAGAGAGAAAAAAUUAUCUAAAAAAUUGUAUGACCAUCUGUUCGAUACAUCCGCUAAUAAACCCGCAGUACAAAGUGACCACAACAGUGAAGCAUCGAGUUCUGUGUCUGGUAGUGUUCCAACUAUACCGAUAAAGCAAGUUACUGCUGCUCAAUUUACCACGGCUGCUCAAAUUCAUGCAACGCUGCAGAAACUGAAUGCCGCUAUGUCGAAAGCUAGGCAGAAUGGGACGUCUCCUUUGCCAUCAACAACGGCCACAACGGUGACGGGCAAACCGAUUGACGUGAGCAGCAGCGCUAGUACUUCUAAGGUCGGACUGGGUACCGGUUUUCCUCCGAAGUCUGUUCCCGUGGCGAAAAAAGUGAACUCUGAAGUAACAGCCAAACUGCAGAACAUUCAACUAGAGCAGGAAAAAGUCUCCAAAAAAAAUUUAGCCGAUGUCGUUAUACGGUUCCUGAUGCCAUACUAUCGCCAGCAGAAGAUCAAGACCAAGGAGCUGUUCAAGGGUUUAGCACGAACCAUCUCACAUAAGUUCUAUGAUGUGGAAGUUGUAGUUGAUCGGAAAGUGAAAAAGUACAUCGAUGAUUUAAUGACCCAUAAAGGUGUGAUAGCCAGUGAGGCGGAUUUUCCCCAGUAACCAUUACUUAUGUCGAGUAAAUGUAAAUAAUUAAACAAACAAAUGGUUCACUCCUAUUCAUAGGUACAUUUUUACAAAUAGUUUAAAAUAUCAUAUUUUAGGUUGAAUGAGAGGGAGCAUUGUUUUGCGCUUGAAAUUGCGAAAUACCCAUCUCGAAAACAACUUUUGUGUGAUGGGUAGUUAAUCUUGUUGAACAAGAAUUAUUCUCCGGAAUAUAGAGGAAUAAACUAGUAAUGAAAAAUAUCGGAUCAGAUGUAUAUUCCCCAUUGCCGGCCUCAAUCUUUCUUCCAUUAUUGGUGACAUUUAGUUUCCGUCCGACAAUGGAAGCGUGUUGGUCUCCUCAUCACAUGUAUUUUUUUUUCAUUGCUACCGAUCGAUUUGGGGAAUCGAAAACAACAAUGGUUGUUCAAAUUCACGUUUCGCCAAGCGUUCUCGUCUUAUAGAUAGUCCAGUUAUAGGGGAUAGCCCUGCCCAGCAAAACUGUUACAGUGAUUUUUUCCUCUUUUAUUUAUCGCCGUUCUCGUACCGUGAUUAAAUAUAACAAUGUAAAUUGAUCAUCCAUCAGAAUCAUUAAACUAGGCAAAAGUUAAAGAAAAUAAAGCUAGAAGGAAAACAUAA